UCUCCUUCCUGCUGAUCCACUGAAAUCCAAGUAAGACCGCUCAUGGAAACUUCAUGUUAUCACUAGAUGGUAAAGUAGAAGAUGAAGAUAUCGGGCAGCGCUCUUCACGAGAAAACCUCAUUACCUUUAACGUACAUCCAGGAAUUUACAGUCCAGAUCUAUCACAUAAUUCCUUUAAUCAUGAGGAAACUUCUCCUGACCAAUCACAGAUUGUUACCACAAUUAUCGGGCAGGAAGGAGAUAAAAGGUUUCAGUGUGGAGAAUGUGGGAAACAGUUUGCACACAGCUCAGGUCUUUGCAGACACAGAAGAAGUCACACAGAAGAGAGGCCGUAUUCUUGUUCAGAAUGUGGGCAGUGUUUUCUAAAGACAUCAGAUCUGGUUAGACAUGAGAGAAGUCACACAGGAGAGAGGCUGUUUUCAUGUUCGGAAUGUGGGAAAUGUUUUACCAAUAAAGCGGCUUUAGUUAAGCAUGAGAGAAUUCACACAGGAGAGAAGCCGUUCUCAUGUUCAGAAUGUGGGAAAUGCUUUACAAAUAAAUCUGCUCUUGUUAACCAUGAGAGAAUGCACAAAGGAGAGAAGCCGUAUUCAUGUUCAGAAUGUGGGAAAUGUUUUACCAAUAAAGCAGUUUUAGUUCAGCAUGAGAGAAUUCACACAGGAGAGAAGCCGUUCUCAUGUUCAGAAUGUGGGAAAUAUUAUACAAAUGCAUCAGUUCUUAGUAAACAUGAGAAGACUCACACAGGAGAGAAGUAUGCAUGUUCCAUAUGUGGGAAAUGUUAUACACAGAAACAUAAUCUUGUUAGACAUGAGAGAGUUCACAGAAAAGAGACUCAGACACAAGAGGAAUCAAAUUUGAAAACUCAUUAGAGGAUUCACGUGGAGAAGAAACCAUAUUGGUGUAUGGAAUGUGGGAAAUGCUAUAAGAGCAAAACAAGGAUUUUUAAGUUUACCCAUCAGGUUAUUCGUAGACACUGAACAUCCAAAUAAGAUGAUUAGUUUUUUGGGUGACAUUAGCCUGGAUCUGCCAGACACCCACAUUAUAUUUACUUUGUUAGACAUGGUAGCUCAGUGGUUAGUAUUGUAGCCUUUGGUUCCUUUCUUCAAAUCUGAUCAAGGGCAACAUCUGCAUGAGGUUUGUAUGUUCUCCCCAUCUUUGUGUGGUUUUACUCCACACCAAAAAUAUACUGUGAGGUUAUUUCUGAUUUUAGAUUGUGAGCCCCCAGGGAGGGGGCAGGUACUGGGGUGUAAGGGAUGGCUGCCUUUAUGCAUUGUGACUGGAUAUGUAACUGCUAAAAAAAUGAAUAGAAAAUAAUCUGAGGUCAACUGACUGGAAUCCACGGAGGCAAAGAAUGGUGGAUAUAAGGAAGAAUCGAAGAGCUUCAUUUAUU